AUGUGGGCUGCGGCCAGUUCGCAGCCUCAGCUUCGGGGCAGUCCUUCGGGCUCGCGGCGGCCCGGGUUCGCUAGCGGUGUGGGUGGCACCGCCGCCGCAUCGUCCAACCCGCUCAACAAGCCGCUCGGAAGCUUGCCGACCGGCUCUCACGCCGGCUCCGCUGCAGGGCUGCGUGGCACGCCGCACCACAGCACCAACCAGAACCGAGCCAGGCAGGUUCCGUACGGCGUGCUCGUCGACGGAGCGACGCCGGCCUCCAUCAGCUGCCUGCCGCUGCCGGAAGGCGCGGUCGUGAGCUGGCGUCGCUUCUACAAGGGCAAACAAAGGGCGCAGCCGCAAGCCUCUGGCGCCGGAACUUCCGAUGCCAGUCAGGCUCCCGCCGGCACACGGCCUCCUCCGCUUCCUCUGCCUCCUGCAUUCAGCAUCUCCGAAGACUGCAGGGUCCGACAUGAACCUAGUGACGAUGCCGAGGCGGCGUGGAGCCACGCCCUGGCCGCGUUGAGCCGGCUAGCGGCACAAGAAAGGCGGGCGAGCCUGGACCAACAGCGUCGCAGAAGACGUCAGCAGCAGCGGUUUCGCCCGUCUGAGGAUGGCUCGGAGGGCGCAUCGACGCCUGCAGCGUCUGACGAGCUGCUCUCCGGCACGCUCUACGCCGUCGAACGGAGCUGCGAUGGCCACUCGGGCACUGGCGACCAGCCAUCAGCCUGCACAGCGGACCCGCACGAAUUUGUCCAACAUGCUUCCUCUUCUUGCACCGGCGAAGCCUCUCUGUGGCUGUACGACGUAGGGCUGCCAACGGCGGCGGCAUCCACGUCGACCCACAGCAAUCACCCCUCUGGUCCAACGUUGGAGCUGAUGGCCAACGUGGAUCCGGAGCCCAGGGCUCUCAGGAGCCACGGAGUGAAUCCUGCCAGCGUGGUUCCGAGCGUCUCUUUGCACAAUCCACUUCCAGGGAAUGGUUCGAUGUCCUUCAUCGAGGGGGACGACGACCUCAAGCGCCAAGUUUCCGCAAGCCUCGAAGCCCUGACUGCUGCGGAAAGUGGAACAUACCCGCUCGCUAGCGCCUACCGCACACCGCAGAAAGAGAGCCGUAACGCUUCAGACCAGCCAGCCACGCCCGAGGCCUCUUCGCUCUUGCCUGAAGUCAAUACGGGCCGGGCCCAUCGCAUGCUGCUGCAUGCCCUCGAGGACAAGCUGGCCGACCUAUUCGUCCUGCAGAGGUCUGACGAGAUCGACCACGGCGCGGACCAGGACGACGAGGGCGACCGCGCCGCCGACCUCGGAGUCGGCCAUCCCUCAGAUGCAGACGAAGGUGCGGGCGCCGAUGCCCGGGCAGCAGAAGAGGAGCGGCAAAAUUUAGAUGACUCGGUCCAAAGCGACCUGGUGGCCUCGCCAUCGCCGACAAAGGCGCCUCAAGGCGCGCCGGCCACCGCCAGGCACCGGCAGCCCUCUGCCUCGACACGGAUCGCUGAGCCGGCGAAAGUAUGCCGGGAAGGUCUCGCCGCUCGCGACAAGGCGAAGCCGAGUUCCAACGGGCGCGUUCAGUUCGGCUUUGACGACAGCAACGUGACGACCGCCUCGGAUGUCAGCGAUCAGCACGACGCUGGCUCGCUCCUUUUGCGCUUCAAAGCGUAUACCGCCGCAUCUGACUUGGUCAUCGAGAUGCACCCGGCCAGGAGACAGCUCCGGCCCUUGCGGCCUACGGACGACGGCGCAGGCCACACGCACGUCGUACUGCUCCCAAGCGGCCGUUCAAGCACGCUGCGGCAGCGGAUCAAAUUGCCCUUCGGCCACGAGUCGGCUGGGAUAUCCACGCGCGCCGACGGAGCGGAUGCGCUGCCGGAGGGGAUCGACAAGCAGCUCAAUCUGGUGCCGUUCCUGACGACGCGACCUUUCUCUGGCCAGCGCCGCUAUGCCUCGUUGGCCAGCCCUCAGCGGCCGACGUGGAUUCAGGUCCAGACGGUCGUGGGCCGAGCGGGCAACCCGGACGUCUCCCGCAUCACGCUCGAGAUGCUCCAAGCCCUCAGCGCAGCCCCGAUGCCCCGCGAGCCCCAAACGGACCUCGAAUUCAACGGCAUCGACGAAGACAACCUUCCUGAGACCAGCGAAACUCUGCUGCCAGACACGGCGUUAUCAACGGCCUCGCCGGCCCUCGUCGUCGCAGACGAGGCCAUCCCCGAAGAUGCCGUCCUCGACGACAGCAGCGGCGAUGACCCGAAGCCGCUCGUCAAGGCGGGUGCCGAGCAAACUUCAAUGGAGAUGGCCGCUGAUCCUACGACCUCUUCGCAACGUCCGCGGUCUGACCAUCCGAUCCGCCAAACCUCCUCAAACAGCUCGACGAUCGAAAGCGCAACGGGUCCCAGACCCGCGGGGACGAGGACGCCUCAGGCAUACGAUAUGGCGCUCGAUCUUCCGGCCUCGAAGGGGCCGCCUCACGUCAGCGGCUCGGCAGGACCCUCGCCGUUUCAGUGGUCGAUGUUUGCGGGAGCCGGGCAGUCGAACCCGGGGAGCCACGUCGGCACGUCGCGCCGACAGAGCAUGGAAGCUGUCGCCGCUCUCGAAGGGGAAGCACAGGGCCAGAGGCGCCCGGCGGGUGAGGGCGACAUGUUCGACAGCUUCGGCCUGGUGACCGAGGAUGACUUCUCCUUCUUCGACGAGGGCGCCUUUGACCUCGGGUCAGGCUUCAAAGAGAUCGAGGCCAGUUUCCCGCCAACCGUGGACGCACUGCGCGAGGUCCACGAGACGGCAUCGGGCGAGGAGGCCGAGCUUGCAUCGGAUCCGACCGGCCUCAUCGAUAUGGACAUCAGCGGCCUCGACAACCUUGACAGCGGCAGUCUUGAGGCGUUUCUGGCGCCACCAGCGCCACCAGAAGCGUCCGCGCCGCCACCCGUCUCUGCGCGCGAAGCGCCCGCCUCGCAGGUCGCCCACCCACCAAACGACCCGUCACCGGGCUCGUUGUCGCUGCUACCAGAGGCUCAAGGCACGAGCGCGGCAGUGAUGCGCGCGCCCUUGGGGGUGGACAGACAUGAGGCGUCUCUGCCGCUGCACCCGUCGACCCUGUCGGUCGAACGAAACGAUGGCCAAGAUGCGACCGAUAAGCAUCACAGUGCUGCUCUGCCGGUCUCGAAUGAGCAAGGCCUCCCUCCCCCUCCGCCGCCUUCGACCGCAGCACCGGCGGCGGCGGCCCCAUCCACCGCCAUCGACAUCGUCCGGACGCACCACGAGCCUGCGGUUGCACACGACACGCCGAGAGACGGCUCGAGCAUGGGCUCCGUUACCGAUAUCCCAUCACUGCCGGGCUUCACGCCGUGCUCGCUGACGUCGAGCUCCCCAGCGUUCGGCACCAACAUGGCCAAGACGCCGCGGACGCCCUUCUCGCCCAACGAGGAGCUGCAUCCAUCUGUCAUCGCAGUGGAAGGCGCAUCGGGUGUGCACCACCUCUACCGCGACGGCAACGCGGCGCUCGGCGCGCUCUCCGAUCGGCCGACGUACCAGGACCCGCCUCGAGCGCCGUUCGAGUACGCAUCGCCCCCGGCCAAUCCGCAAAGCGUACAUGGGACCGCCGCAGAGUUCGAGCACGUGUCCAAGGCGCCCCCUCUGGUUCCGAUCGCCUUCCUUCCCCUUGCCCAGCAGAGGGAGCAGCGGCGUCGCCUCAACCUGCAGCGAGGCGGCCAGUAUCCGCCGGACCUCUCGCACAAGUAUGGUCAACUGGGCAAGUUCGGCACCUGGCUUACCAGCGGCGGCGGCAGCAGCAGCGGUGGGAGGCCGACGACGGAGAGGCCCCGCAUCAGCACCCACAGAAGCGUCUCCUCGAGCGUGUCUGCUGCUGGCACCGCGCAUGCGCCCACUUCUCGCGACCAACAGGCUUCUGCAUGGGUGGACGACCCAAUGUCGUCCUCAUCACCAUCCAAGCGGAUCGCCUCGGGCCCCGCACACCUGGCAGACGGCUCGAAGCAGAUGCGCUCGAGGGAGGAGAUCCGCCAGCUUCGCAUCAGCCGUUUCAAGAUGCCAUUUGUAUCCGGUGCCCGCCGCGAUCGAGAGGGCGCCGGACAGGUUGCGGACAGGGGCGCCUUCGACGAGAGGGCGUAUCGUGCAGCUCACCAGAGCGAGAGCAACUCGAGCUCGGAUGAUGACGAUGACGACGAUGAAGAGGAAGACGACGACGACGAUAGCAGCAGCGGCACGGACGAGGAUGCAACGGCACCGCAGCGGGAUGCCCAUCAUCUGCAGCUCCUGCAGCGCGUCUCGGCCUGUAACGACCUGCAUCGACCCGGCCACUUCGGGGCUCUGCUCGGCAGGAACACGUCCUCGAUCGUCCCACAUGAGCUCGGCGAUGGCGACGCCAAGGAGUCUGUCCCUGCGACCGGCGCCGCCCACGAUGCCGCCGUCGCUCCGUCUAUCCGGCCUCUGGAUCCAGCGAGGAUCGCAGUCGGCGCGCAGGGCUCCGUCCUGCAGAUGGCGCCGACGUCGCUGCCAUUCUGGGACAAGCUUAACCUCGAGGCGGUCGGUGGACGAAAGGACUGCGUCGUCAAGGUGCUGCAGCUGCCCAGAUCGCACGAGGGGCAGGAGCAGGUGCACGCCUGGCUCGAGCAGGUCAGCCGCGCCUUUGAGGCCUUUGGACUGGGCUCGCACACCGCCGCUGCCGAGGCGCUGCUGACGCUAGGCGACGGGCUCGACGUCGGGCUCGCCAGCUGCCUGGACGCGCUGCCCCGCGAGACCUGGCUCGACACGAUCGGGUCGAUUGCAGGUCGGGUGCAGUCGCACCUCAAACAGGGCAAGCACGUCGUCCUGUACGCCGUCCAGGGCGCCGACUCGGAAGCGUGCCGGCGCUCGGGCUUCCGCGGCCUGGUCCGGCUGGACCACGAGCUGCGCUCGAUGCUGCAGGACCUCGUCGGCGAGGCGUCGGGUCGCUUCAUCGUCCGGCCCGUCUCGCCAGAAACGAUCUCUGAGAGCGGCUGCGUCGGACUAGGCAGGGUUGGCGAUGGCAUGCGUGCCUUUGUCUUUUCGCUCUACGACCAGCUGCAGAGAGUGGUCCAGCGUCGAGUGCCAAAGCUGCUGCAUCCAGAGCAGGCCACGCUACACGCGGCGCUGGUCCAGUAUCCGUCAUUCUCGAUCGUCCCGACCGGCGUCGAGCGCGGCGGCGACCGCAUUCCCCGUCUUGGCCGCUUCGAGCAGCAGUGGCUGCAGCCCUCGCUGAGCAUGCUCGAGGAUGGCCUCUUGCUCCAUAUCGCCUACGACCUCCGGCCGCCCGCAUCGGCGUUUUGCGAUGGCGCCGCUGCGAGGGCCGAUGGGCAACUGCCGGCGGACGCCGGCGAAGCCUACCGCGAACAGGGCGCUGGCGCCGCUGGGCUCGUCUUCCUCUCGAGCAUCGACGAGCGCGCUCAAGCACACGACGUGCGCGUGUGCAAGGAGUCCUCGGCGGACCUCAAGGCUGCGCUCUCGGCGGUGUGGCGCUACGCCCUGCAGCGGGCUCGACGGGCCAACGUCGCUUGGCGGAUCGUCAUCUGCCGAUCCGGCGGGAUGAGCGUCGAAGAGGCGCGCGCGUGGUCCGACCUCGCCGAGCAGGGACGCGCGACGGCCGAGGGCCUCGGCGGCACGGACGCCCACAUCAAGGACGUGACGAUCGCCUGCCUCGAUGCCGAUUCGGCGCCCAUUCUCGUGCCGACAGCGACGGCGCCGCCUCCGAGCACCAAGUGGUCCGGCGCCGCCGUCGCGAACGCGACCUCGCAGCAGCAGCAGCAGGGCGUCCUGCACGAUGUGUCGUCGCUCUGCUACGCCGUCUACCCGCGUCCGCGCCUCAUGGUGAACGCAGGCCGCGGUGAACGCGGGCACCGGCACGGCGAGAUGCUAGCGCUGCGGACCUCCCUGCUCGUCCACUGUUCCCGCAGAGGGCCUUUUGGCCUGCCAAUGUGGGAUGGCGGAGCAUCUGACGCCGACGACGAGCAGGAUGAUCAAGCGGCUGCCAACGCCCUUCCGACCGUCCAAUGCGUACAUCUGCUGCAGGUCUACCGCAGCCGCUCGACCUCGAAUCCAGACCGGGACCGGGAACAGCCAGCGUCGUCUUUCGGCGCGGGCGGCGUGGGCAAGGAUGCCGUCGACGACCCAGGUCCUAGCCUGGAUCAGCGGCUGCGCGACGUCACGCAGAGCUUCCACGACCUCGAGAUUGUCACCCGCUCCCGGCACCAGAUCCCGCGUCCCUGGUCGGAGCUGCCCUGGCAUCUGGCCGUCGUCCAGAUGCUGGCCGCCUACCUUGCCUAG